UAGAACUCAAAUACAGAAAUAACACCAAAGAGGAGAGAUAUAGAAAUGGCCAAGAACGUGAGUAUCGUAGCAUUUGUUGUCGCCCUGUCCUGCUUCUGCUCUUUGGCCUAUGCCACAACCAAAAGCAAUCUCUUUGUGGAGGGCAGGGUGUACUGCGACCCAUGUCGUGUCCAGUUCGAGACUAGACUUAGUGUACCCCUCGAAGGUGCUGUGGUAGCUUUGGAGUGCCGAGGCCGUGAGAAUGGUACCUUGGCAUACACACUCCAAGGCAAGACCGAUAAGAAUGGCAUCUACAGCCUUCCCACCGAUGAGGACAUGGAGGAGCAAAUCUGUGAGGUGAGGACCGUGAGCAGCCCUAGGGCUAAUUGCAAUGAACACUUUGAAUUCGAGAGAGCUAGGGUUUUGCUGACAUACAACAAUGGUGUCAAGUCCAUGGCUCGAUAUGCCAACCCCCUUGGGUUCAUGCAGAAGGAGAGUGUCACUGAGUGUGAGCAAGUUCUUAAGGAAUUGUUCCCCGAGGAGACCGAGGAAGUAUAGAAAUAUUAUACAUACCACACUCUGUCACCAUAAUGUGAACUACUUAAUAUAUAUAUAUAUAUAUAUAUAUAUUUGUGGGAAGGAGUUAACUCUCCCUCUUUUUAAUUGUAUAGCUCUCUACAAAAUUAUUUUUAUUUUAUUUUAAAGAACAUCACAAUAAAAGGAUCG